AGAAGCAGAAGCAUUCAAGGAGCAGGGAAAUGCAUACUAUGCCAAGAAAGAUUACAACGAAGCGUUCAACUACUACACAAAAGCCAUAGACACGUGUCCCAAUAAUGCCAGUUAUUAUGGGAACAGAGCUGCCACGCUCAUGAUGCUGGGGAGGUUCCGAGAGGCGCUGGAGGAUGCUCAGCAGUCGGUCAGGUUGGACGACAGCUUUGUACGGGGCCACCUCCGGGAAGGGAAGUGCCACCUUUCCCUAGGGAAUGCCAUGGCUGCCAGCCGCUGCUUUCAACGAGUUCUAGAACUGGAUCAUAAAAAUACCCAGGCACAGCAGGAGCUGAAGAAUGCCACGACUGUGCUUGAGUAUGAAAAAAUAGCUGAAGUGGAUUUUGAGAAACGGGAUUUCAGGAAGGUUGUGUUUUGCAUGGAUCGUGCUCUGGAGUUUGCUCCCGCCUGUCACCGCUUCAAAAUCCUCAAGGCCGAGUGUUUGGCACUGCUGGGCCGGUACCCCGAGGCACAGUCUGUGGCCAGUGACAUCCUGAGGAUGGACUCCACCAACGCCGACGCGCUCUACGUGCGCGGGCUGUGCCUGUACUACGAGGACUGCAUCGAGAAGGCCGUGCAGUUCUUUGUGCAGGCCCUCAGGAUGGCCCCUGACCAUGAGAAGGCCUGUCUUGCCUGCAGGAAUGCCAAAGCACUUAAAGCGAAGAAGGAAGAUGGGAAUAAAGCAUUCAAGAAAGGCAACUACAAACUAGCAUAUGAACUGUACACAGAGGCACUAGGAAUAGACCCAAAUAAUAUCAAAACAAAUGCCAAACUCUACUGCAACAGAGGGACGGUUAAUUCAAAGCUUAGGAAACUCGAGGAAGCGAUCGACGACUGCACGAACGCGGUGAAGCUGGAUGACACCUAUGUCAAAGCCUACCUGAGGAGGGCACAGUGUUACAUGGACACAGAGCAAUAUGAAGAUGCUGUAAGAGACUAUGAGAAGGUUUAUCAGACAGAGAAAACAAAAGAACACAAGCAGCUCCUAAAGAAUGCACAGGUGGAACUGAAAAAGAGCAAAAGGAAAGACUACUACAAAAUCCUGGGGGUGAACAAAAACGCCUCAGAAGAUGAGAUCAAGAAAGCUUACAGGAAAAGAGCACUAAUGCACCAUCCAGACAGACACAGUGGAGCAAGUGCAGAGGUACAGAAGGAAGAAGAGAAGAAAUUUAAGGAGGUUGGUGAAGCCUUCACCAUCCUGUCAGAUCCCAAGAAGAAGGCUCGCUAUGACAGCGGGCAGGACUUGGAGGAGGAUGGAUUAAACAUGGGAGAAUUUGAUCCAAACAACAUCUUCAAGGCCUUCUUCAGCGGGCCAGGGGGCUUCAGCUUUGAAGCUUCUGGGCCUGGAAAUUUCUUUUUCCAGUUUGGCUAAGAAGCAAACAAACACAAAUCAAACCACACAUACCUGAUCUGCUUCUUUUAACCUCGAGUAUGGACAGCCCCAGACUCCUCCUCCAUCACGUCUCGUUGUCCUUUAGAGCAGUUUCAUUUCUGGGUUGGAGCCUCUGUUUGUGUGUUGUGUGUGUGAAGAGGAAACCAGCUCGGGAGGGGAAGGCUUGUGAAUUUUGUUUUACUGUUUAACUUUAUUAAAAAAGAAAAAUUGAAAAAAAAAAAAAAGCUUUGAAUCUUUUGGUCCCUCCAUGCUGGCCCGUGCUUUCAGCUGCUUCUGCCCCUCAACACAGAGGAUUUCCUGGAAUCUUCCCAGAAUCUCCACAUGUGUGAGGGAGAAAGAAUUCCUGGUUUGUUUCUGGUUGCUUCCAAAGCAGCAUGUCCAAGGUUUGGAGUAACUUGUAAGUUAUCUUAAUCUUUUGGAAAUACUGCCAAGGCUCAAUCCAGUUUUGUACAAUCCCAUUUCACCUGCAAGCCUGGCUUCUUGGCUCUUUUUAUUUCUUUUUUUUUUUUUCCAUGGUUCUCCCAGCAAGGCCCAUUUGGGCAUUAAACUUCUGUGAUAACAUGUGAGCUUACAAUUCUGUAUCAGAGAAAUGCUGCUUAGAGUUCCAAGAGCAGCUUAUGUGAGAAUUCCCUGUGAUGCAGCUGGAAUUAAGGGCUUUGUGUUCCCAAGAUUGUCCUGUUUAAGGGAAUAUUGAAUUUGCUCUGGGCUGAAUUCCUUCACUGUACUUUUUUAAAUUAAUCCACUUGAAUAUUUUAUAUUUGUGCUAAACUUGAUUUUUGUUGAGCUUGAUGUGUGAUUUCCUGUCACUGAUCCAUGCCAUGGGUGAGUCUUUCAAUGCCAGGUGAAUUCCAGGCAGGGAUGGUGGGUGGUGUGGGAUGUGUAGUGUUCAGUUAUCCUGGUUGUGUGGUUUUCCUCUGGCAGUGAUUUACUCCUCCAAAGCAGCAAGAAAAUGCAAAGUCCAGCUCUGAGCUGGCAGUCUGUGCUUUCCUCUUGUGCAGUGUCAGGGCAGGAGCUGGAGGGAUGGAUGAGCUGUGUCCUGCUGGCUUUGGUGUGGGGGCACUGCCUGGCAGCAGUUUGAUUUUCACCUAAAAGGUGAUUUUACAGCAAAGCCUCAGCUGGGAGAGAACUCUGCUUCUGGAAUGGCCCCUUUUCUGCACAGCUUGGUCCAGGUGCCUGUGUGAGCUCCUGUCUGGUGGCUUCUGGAGCUUGGUGCUGUCAGGCCUUGGAGGCUGCAUUUUGCUCAGAGGAUGGGUGUUUGUGCAGGCAGGGCUGUGCUGAGAGAAGCUCCCAGGGAUUCUUUGCCUCCCCACAGCAGAACAAAGCCUGCAGGGAGCUCAUUGCACCGGGUGGUCACUGGGAAUGGCACCUCUUUGUCUUCCUCCCUCCCUGCAGCAGGACAGGGGCUGUGGGGUCCAUGGUGUCGUGGUCCUGCUGUGGUGUUUGGUCAGGAUUCUUGACAAUCUGCUUCAACAGAGGGAAAAUUUAAGGGCUUAAAUUUAGAAUAUUUUACAACUCGUUUGAAGCUCAGCUUUCUAAGUGAACCAGUGCUGAGUAAUGCUUUCAAAACCUGACUCUCCCACGUUUGUUCAAGUCCUUCACACCCGUGUGAGGGAUGGACCCAAGCUGGGUCCUGGCACUUUCCAGGCUCUGAAAUGGUGAAAACGUGGGGAACUGAAAUACUGGUCUAUGCACACUGAUGCUUCCUUCCCCAGCUUUCCUGGCACUGUAAUCUGAGUUUACAAGAGUUUAGUGGCAUUUUGGUUCCAUGACAUCUGGUCCUGUGUGUGUGUGUUGAUGUCACUGUACAGUUUGGGCUGUUCUCAGUCUCCCAUUGCUGAGCAGAGCCAUGUUCUGUGUCUGUCAGUGAGUUUAUUCUCAUUUUCCCCUGCCCCAGGGAAGUGUGAGCAGCUUCCUUCCUUCUCUCCAAGCUGCCUGAGCCCAUUCCUUGGAGCACAGGAGUGGAAUGGCUCUGCUUCUGGGAAAGGAAAUGUAUACAGCAGCUAUUUAUAACCUGUACAUGAAUGCAUGAUUUAAUGUAGUUAAAUAUUCAUAUGGUGAGUGCCAAGACUUUCUACAGCACGUUGUUACGUGAAUCAAGGUGAAGGCAAAUGCACAGAACCAUGGUAUGGAUUGGGCUUGAAGGCUUUUAAAAGCUGCCAAGUCCAACCCCUGCCAUGGGCAGGGACACCUUCCACUAGCCCAGAGUGCCCCAUGCCCUGUGCAGUGCCUGUCCCCUGGCACAGAGCAGGGCUUGGUGGCACCUGGCACCUCAGGGCAGCAGCAGUGUCCAGUGGCACUGUGACCCCACCGUGUCCCAGCACGGCUUGGGGAGACAAAAAUCUGCAUUUUCCAAAAAAUGGGCUCAGCUGUGCAUUGCUUGGAGUGUUGCCUCCACACGUGGUGGUUCCAGCACGUUGUCCAUGGGUUGUGCUUGGGUGUAGCUGCAGGGAAGCUGAGUGCCAGGGCUCCAGCUGCCCACACGUCCUGGUGCCACCAGCCCCAGGGAUUUGCCACAAUGAGCAUCUUCAGGUGAUGCUGCCCCAGAAGGACAGAGAGCACACAGAGGUGCAGGAGGUGGUGCUGGGGACACUUUGGUGUGACUCUCAGCCUGGCAAUUGCUGCCAGGGCUCUCCAAGGGGGAAUGGCUGGUGCUGUGGGAGCUGCUGCUCUCAGGAAAGGCCUGGAAAGAUCAGAGCUGCUGUGGCUGAGAGCCAGACCAGGCUGGGGGUGUUUUCCAGCAGCUGAGUGUGCAGUGGAUGCUCUGAGCAGCUCGAGAGCUUCUCUGGGAAAGUUGUGAAGAGAAGUGUGUGAGUGUGGCUGUGGGCAGAGCUGGCAUGUGAGGGCUCUGCUGCAGGACUGCAGCUCUGGCAGGGACAUCAGUACUUGUGUGGCUGUUGGGCUUUGCCUUGGAUGUGGUUUUGUCUGGCCAUGCUCAGAGAAUCAUGGAAUAGUUUGGGUUGGAAAGCUGUGAAGUCCAUUCAGGAGGUUCUGGGCACCCUCAUUGCUCUGGCUGCACAGAAAUGUACCUGAUUCCUGAUUUGCUUUUGAUCCUGGGAGUGUUCAGUGAGCAGGAUCCCCAGUGCUGCUGGCUGGUGUAAAUGCAGAAAUGCAAGUUGGAAAACGGGAGAAAGACAAAUUGUUCAGGUACAAGAGUACUUUCCAUGGAACAGAAUGGCCCCUCCACUCUCUGUACCUGCUGAGACACAGAGUGGGCACUGCUGUGGUGUGUCAGAGAUGGGGGCAGGUGCCAGUCCCUGUCCAGCCACACUGGCCCUGGGCCUGCAGCCCUCCAACAGCCCCAGGGCUGGGCCAUGUGCUGCUUUGGCAUUUCCAAAUGACCUCCUCAGUUCCACUAAUAACUCCAGAUAUUCUCUUAUCUCUAAUGGAUGGUUUUCAUCCUGUUUAAAUUCGUGCCUUGUCCUUUCCCCUCCUCUUCCCUAGGGAACAGGACAACUGUGUGCUGCAGCCAGCCGUGUCCCUGGAGCAGUGCUGUCCCUGGGCAGCUGUGGCAGGGCUGGGUGACAAUAGCUGGUGGCUGUCCCUGCCCUUGGCUCUGUGGGGCCAAUCUGGGUCCCUGCACAACUGUGGGAGCUGAUGUGAAACUCUUUAGCCUUCCUGGCCCACUCCCAGCAUCACGGAUGGGAUUGUUCCUUCUUGGAGCAGUGCUGGGCAUUUUCCCUCCCCCAGAUCUGAGCCUGAAGGGACAGCUCUGCUCUGUGCUGGAGCAUCCCUGGGCACUGCCCAGCCCUGCUGCCACCCCAGCCCUGUCCCCAGUGUCCCCUCAUGGCUCCUGUGAGCAGAGUGAGGCGUGAGGCAGCACCCCAGGGGCGAGGGAGCCCCCAGAGCCCCACAGUGCACGCGGGUCACGAGCGUGGAGCAGUCAGGACAAACGCAGGCGCCGAUGCGGAGCCGCCCGGAGAGGAGCUCGUCCCUGCGCUGCCCUGUUUCUCUGAACUGGAAUUCGGAAUGUUUACCUCAGUGUACAUAGCUCAACCUUUCCCUGGGAGGAAAGGGGAAUUGCAUGGAGCAAUUGCUGUCCCAUUGCUUUGCCAAACUCCUCGUCCUCUCCCAGCCGGGCUCCGCAUCGGUACCAGCUGUCCCUCUUGGACCUUUCUAGGAUGUGAAUGGUAAAAAAUGUGAAUAUUUGUUGUUUACUUCCUUAGCAGAACUCUUGAUGCCGUGUUUGUAUGGGAAAUCAGCCUGAGCAGACCCAUAUGCAAUCGGUUUUACUUUAUUAUAAACUGUAUAUGAUGUACAAACUAAUAAAAACUCAAACGAC